AUGGAGACCAAUAAUUUGGCCGCAUCAGCCACCACAAACGGGCAACUUACCUCUCCCCAAUUGCCAUCGGAUUCGCCCUCGUUCCCGACACCAGGAAAGCGAAAACGCGUCCUCAGCCCCGCCCAAGAACCACCCAACCUUGACGGUAUAUCAAAUCCAUCUGACACGUCAAAAGGAGGACUGCUUGACCAAACUUUGAAGGAUUUGCUCCAGGUUCUAGAAAAAUAUGAUUCAGAUCUUGGUAUUCUGAAAUUCCCCUGUCCCCCCAAUUCCGUGGUCGAACCAGAUCGGAAACGUGCGAAACUAUCAGAUGCCACGAACAAUUCGCAAACGAUAGAAUGCAAAAUUAAGGCGGGUCAAUACAAGUCUAUUCAGGAAGUAAUUGACGACGUUGAGACUGCGUCCUGUUUGGUUAUCGAACGACGCCGCGAGUCAGAAGCAACUGUAAAUAAAUCAGAAAACUCUCGAUCUUCGGCAGAAUUGGUCAAUCUUUCACGCAUAUUUAAAAAGCACUUGGACAAUUUUAUCCUCCGAAGUCCACUUCUAGGCUCUUCUCAUUCAAAGGAUGAGCCUCAGGAACUUCAGAGGAAUGAACCUCAAAACAAGAAUAAUGGAAAAUGUUCAUAUGAUCGGGAGAACAAAGUAGUUCUCACGCUCUAUGGAAAUGCACCUCGCGGGAGACAUUUGUUUUCGAGUUUACAACAUGCAGUUGCCGUGAAACCAGACUCUCCUGAUCUUGAGAAAUCAACCGGCGCAGAAAUACAGGCUACGAUCAACGAAGCAAGGUUGCCAAACGGCAUUACUACAUCCAAAAUAAUUCCGUUCAAUGUCAAAAACGUGGAGCUGGGUAAAUCGAAAGCAAGAACCAUUGCAGACGUAUUUGCAGCCCGCCCCAACCUUCCCCAGUUACAACCUCCGGGCAAACCGCGGUCAUCAAAAAAUCCGACUGUCACUUGGCUGGACCCAUACGAACUUGCCAUAGCUGCUAAAUUCCCGCCAAAUGAAAAGAGAGGAUACACUUACUUAUCUCUUCCUUCAGGAGAUUGGCUACAUUACGGUUACGAACCAUCCCUUCGGCUGGGAAGUCGAAGGCAAAAUAGCGAUACUAAUACCGGGAAAAGCCUCUCAAAGCCAUUCCAAAACUCUUUUGAUGAGAGCAGUGCAAUAUUUCGCGGUCUUUAUUCGUCAUUUGCUCCCUCGUUUGAUAGCUCCGGAGCGGUUAUAUCCCAAGACGCGAAAGAGCAAAUUUGGUGGGACAAAUAUGGCCAGCACCGUUUACAUGGCUUAUUGGCCGUCGAAAAUGAUCCGGAAACCGAACACACAGACAAUCAGAGUCCGAACUUACAAAUCCAAUUAUUGGACGAAACGAGCCUCGAAGAGGCUGUGAAUUCAUAUGAGCCGGAGGACGAUAAAAUCUUAGUCGAACCGCGGAACGGCGAUGAUGGAGCAAGCGAUGAUAGAGAUCUGGGAGAAGUACUCGAAAACAUUUCGGAUCUUUUACGCACAUUAAAUUCCUAUCGCCAGAUUCGAAACCUCGGGCAAUCACUCCCUGUUCCGAAACCGAACGACGAAAUCGCAGCAACAUCGGAUGCGUCAUCACCUUCAGCUAUGGAAGUUACCCUGUAUGAAACCCUAAAAUCAAGUUUAAUUGCAAUGAUAGCCACGCUACCUCCAUAUGCUGUAUCGAAAUUGGAUGGGGACCAGUUAGCAGAACUAAAUGUCAGCAAAAAAAUACUUCUGGAAAAUGCCGACUACCCUGGCACGAUGGAGGACGAUGACUAUUCUAUGCAGCAGAAACAAAUACCCAGAGUUUCGCAGAUGCCAAAUGUAGCCCGUCCUCCCCCUACGCCAAACAUGAACCCAUCUCGACCAUCAUAUCAGACUCCCCCAACCGCCCCCAGUGCCCCAUUGCCCCGGGGUUAUCCAUCCAAUCCCCGAAAAACGGCUCCAAUGAGCCAUCCGUCCCACCAAGUUUAUGGAACCAGGCAAACCUCGUCAUCCAUCCAGUUUCCCGUCAACAACUCUCCUCAACCGUACAAUACGCCUCGACAGCCAUCGGGUCAGCGCCCUGGUUAUACACAACCUCAAUUCUCACAGGCCGGAACUCCGCAGUAUAGCCAAGGCAACAUCCUUCAGCAAUUCCAGAGGCCAACCCAGAACGGAGUGGGACCAUAUCCGUCCCAGCGAAUGCCUUCCCCUGCGCAGGCAUCGCCUCAGCCCUAUCCCCGUCGAACUAGCCAGCCAUCCUAUCAACAACGCCCACCGGAUAUCCCAUAUGGCUCACCUGCUCCUGGGACACACAACGCGUCACCCCAAAGACCCUCUAGCUUCAGUGCAUCUCCGCAGCGACAUCCAUAUAUAAAUUCUACCCCUAGCAAUCCUCAACCGAGAUACUUCCAACAACAACCCCCACAACCGCCACAGCCACAACAACCGCAACACUUUACAACUUUUGGUUCUUCCCAAGGCAACCCACCACCAGCGGGGUAUCCCAGCAGCACUACCGCGAUGACUUAUGCCCGGAGCGCUGCUGAACAGGCGGCCCUUAUGGAUCGCAACAAAGCACAACUUGCCGAGAAUCAACGCCAAAAGUCUAACACUCCCCAGCCAGGAUCGUCCAACAGCCAAUUCAGUGGCCAAGGCAGCCUUCCAACAAGUCAUCGACAGAAUAAUGUGCCAAUGGGAUCUGCAGCCGGCGCGACACAAUAA